AUGAACAAAGAUUUAUAUGUUGUUGAGGAAGAGCACAGUGGAGGUUCCGACAACAGAGAAGGAUACAAGCUCAGUUUUCAUACUGGGUCUUAUCCAACACAAAUGUUUAUUGAACUUCAAGAAUUGGUACCAAGGGUGGAUGGUGGAUUGCAGUUCAAUGAAUCUAUUUUUAAAAUGCCAGUUGCAGCUCAUUUUCGAGUUCUUUGGUUAGAAACAGCAAGAUGGGUGAAUUUUGAAGAAAAUUUUAAUGAAGUGGAACAACGUUUUACAGAAGCUCAUGUACCACCUAUGAAGUUUUCUUGUAUAAAUAGCUUCAGGGAUAAAUUACAACAGAAUUUGAAAAUUAUACAAACUGAUGCACUUACACUUGGUCAAGCCCUUGAUGAAGUGGCAAAAUAUGCUUUAUCACAAAACUGUAUUCAAGGAAAUGAACAAUAUGAUGUUUUACGUGCUAUUUUAUUUGCUGAACGUUGGCAUCCAGAAGUUAAAGGUCAUAUAUCUGAUGCGGCUGAAUUCGAUCAGUAUUGGGCAGGAACUUUACCGGAAGGUAUCAAUCCUAAACCAGCCUUUUUACAAAGAGCAUCUGUGGCAGCGAUUGGAGCUAAGAAGCAUAUUUCUAUGACAAGAGCAUCUGUUUCAACGAAUGAUUUUAAACCAAAGCUUUCUCUAGGUAGUAGAGAACAAGGAGCAAGUUCACUUUCAAAAGCGCUUAGUAUUCACAAUGAAUGUCAACAUCCUUAUCAUCGAUAUAAUCAACCUUUAACUAAUUGCUUAUCCUCUGGUUCUGAAGCAUGUACUGUUAUUUGCGGUUUAAUUGAAUUUGUAAAAUCACCAAUUCUCGUAUUGUUAAGAUUAAACAAAACUAUUCAACGUUCAUGUAUUUCGGAAGUCGAUAUUCCAGUACGCUUUAUAUUUAUUUAUGUUGGACCACAAAAUGAUGAAUUAAAUUAUGCUGAAUUGGCUCGUAUAUUUGCAGUAAUGAUGACUAAUGAUACAUUUCGGUUAUGUGUUUACGACUCAAUUUCAGUUGAUGAUAUUAUUAAAGGAAUUGAUAAUUUUAUGCAAGAUUCAUUUGUUAUGCCACUUUCACGUCAUUAUAAUGCUAAUGCUCUAGCUGGAAUGACACGUCAAAUUGAAGCAUAUAGAAAAGAAACAGUUUGUGAAAGAGAUGGUGAUCGACGACCAAAAGGUUCAUUUACAGUGAGAAAGUUGACUGAACAAUCACAAAACAAUUUAGUCAAUGGCUCAUAUGUUCCAUCUUCACUUAAUUUGAAACAACAAGCUGAUAAUAUCAUUAAACAAGACAGUGAUAAACUACCUGUUCCAACAAAUGAAACUGAUACACCUAAAAUAUCUAAACGAAAAAUAUUUUUACGAGAUUUUUGUCCACCAUUUAUUGAAUUAUCACGUGGAAUUCGACCAUGGAUAAAACGAAUGCCAGGUGAUUAUAAAGAUGCAGUAAGAAAAGAGAAUUUUAGCAUUGUUUUUGGCAGUGUUCUAUUUAUCUACUUUGUCAAUCUUUCACCGUCUAUUACAUUUGCUGCAUUAUUAAAUACACAAGUUGAUCCUUCCUACACUGUGACGUUAACUCUUUUAGCAGUUGGAGUGUUUUUGAUUAUUUUCACUAUUUUAUCUGGUCAACCACUUGCAAUUAUUGGUAUCUCUGCACCUAUGUACAUUGUUGAAUCUUCUUUAGUGUCGGUUUCAAGGAGUACAGGUGUCGAUUUUAAACAAUUAAGAUUUUGGAGUGCUUUUUAUUGUUCUAUAUUUGGUUUCAUAUUUGUCGGUUGUAAUAUGUCUGGGAUAGCCAAACAUAUAAGAAGAUCAGUAGAAGAAGUAUAUAAUUCAUUUAUUGGAUUUUUCUUUUUACUUAAAGCAUUAUUUACAAUGUUUUUAUUGAUUCCUGCUAAACCUGUGGAUAACACUCCAAUAUCCAGAAUGGCUUAUUAUCAAAAAUUAGCAGUAGCUGGAGUUACACUAUUUUUAGCAUUUAUAAUGCUCCAGUUCUGUUUAAUACUUGCUCAGUUAAAACGUGGGAAUUACUUUAGAAGGAAUAUUAGAAAACUUCUGGGUGCUUUAAAUGUCCCUCUUGGUAUGUUACUUAUUACUGGAUUGGAAAGAAUAUUCUUUAGAGGUUAUAAUUUACCUACUGUAAAUAUACCACCAUCAAAUCAAGUUAAUGCAUCGACAUGGGUUAAUCCGCCGGACUUUGCACGUUUACAAGAUUAUAGUAAAGCUGCCCCAACACUUAUUCAUGGAACUUCAAUAGCUAUUGGGGUGGCAUUGGCUAUUAUUAUAUUUACAGAAGCAGCUUUGAAUGGCUUAACAGCAAUGAAAAAUAAAGCUGUGAAACCGAAUAUUUUUGUUAUGGAUUUGGUAUUGUUACAAAUUAUUUUCCCUACGAUCAGUGGAAUAACUGGUUGGCCAUUUAUGUCUGGUACAACAGUUAGAACACUUAGCAAUCUUGUUGCCCUAGUCAAAAUGGAUCAAAGUCCUGCACCUGGUAUGCCUCACAAGAUUGUGGGAACAGUAGAGCAACGAGUUAGCGGUGUAUUUGUGGGAAUCCUUGUUGCGCUUUCAAUAUUCCUUGGAUCUAUAUUAAGCAACAUUCCAUUGGCUGCACUCUAUGGAAUGUUUUUAUACAUGGGCGUAAUGGGACUGAGAGAUUUAACAUUUGUUUUAAGGAUAUGCUCCUUAAUGAAGCGUCGAAAACACUGGGAAGAUUGGGAAUGUGUUCGUGGUCUUCCUAGUAGGCAUAUACUAGUCUUCUCACUUAUUCAAGCUGCAGUUGUCUUAAUUCUAGUUUCAUUGAAUAUAAUUUCUGAUUUUACAGUAGCCAACUAUGUUGGUCUUAUCUUUCCGAUCAUUAUUCUCAUCUAUGGCCUUAUUCGUGAAUUUGCAUUACCUAAAUGGGAAUGGUUGGCGUUAUAUUUGCAUCAACUUGAUCGUAAGUAUAAACUGCAUCCAAGUGUUAUGCGUAAACCACCAUCAACUGUACGUAAUUUAUCAACAAUACGUAAAGAAAGUGUUGGUAGUUUUGCAUCGGGUGGUUUAACUGUUACAUCACAAUUAAAAACUAAUAAUUUUAUUGAAUAUAUUCAUGAUCAUGAAACAGCUUCAUAUAGUGAUAUCAGUGAACAUGAAGACGGUGUAGUUCGUCGAACUUGGGCAACAUAA